CCUGUGUAACCAUAAAUCUGCGGAAACAAUAUAUCCAACAUACACCACCCUCAACACACACAGAGCACACAAUACACACAGACAAUUUUCUAGGUCAUGGAAGGAACACAGGACGCUCCGGCGACGGCAUCUCGCCGUCCGAAACAAGUGCGUCCAAAACGCAGCAAGCGUCCACGCGUCGAAGCUUCGGCUCCUGAACCAGAAAGCCACAGUUUGAUUGAGGAUAUUAAAGGGAACAGAGAACAUAUUCCCCAGGUGGUUGAGUCAUGGGUUGCGAGUUAUGUGAAGGAUCCAAAACCUGCAAUGGUUGAACUUCUGACCAUGUUGGUUGAGGCAUGUGGAGCAAAGUACCGCAUUCAAGGAAAAUUCUUAGAUAAAGCUGAUUUUAACAAAGUUGUAGUAGAUCUUAGUAGGCUGGCUCAAGAUGGGUCAAUGGAGGAUUAUAAAAUUUUCAACAAGGGAUUCAAGAAUUUUGAAAAUAACCUAGUUCUUUUCUGGGGCAACCUAGUUAAUGAGUGCAAAUGUGGUCUGUUGUAUGAUGGAAUUUUGUUCGACAAGUGCAUUAUUGAAUUCAUAAUUGCACUUUCAAGGUUGGUUUUUUAGCUUUAAAUUGUUUCUAGAUUUAUUAACUUUAUGCAAGCUUUAAUAAGUAGGCAAAUUAUAUGGGGAGAGGGGACUAAGGAUAUUAUUAUCCGUAGGUUGAUGGGUGGAUUUUUGGUCAUGGGUUGUUGAGGGAUGGGUGGAUGGGGUGGAGCCUUGCCACUAGGCUAUCUAAAUCCUUAAUGCUAUUCUUGUUGUUAACAUUGUGCUAUUUUUUUCUAUAAUAAUCUGCAUAUUGACUUGGUGUAUCCUUUUCUAUCUUACAUGUGAAUUGGCAUUUGGCUGCAGCAGAUGACAAACAUCGUGUUCGUCAUUGUAAGUAACAUCAUAUGCGUGGAAAGAAGAAACUCUUUCAAGUGCAAAGUUCAAGUGAAGAAGAGGAUCCUGUCAGUGUGGACGACAGGAAUGACGAAGAUGAGGACGAGGAGGGUCCAUACAUUCACUUAAGAGUAGUAUACCAGAAGCUCAAGUCACUGAGAGUUUCGAGUGAGGAAAAGAAAGGGAGGGUCCAUACAUUCACUUAAGAGUAGUAUACCAGAAGCUCAAGUCACUGAGAGUUUCGAGUGAGGAAAAGAAAGGACAAACAAGUACCGAGAACUUAGCAGCUUCUAGAACUUCAGGCAUGCGAUGAAUUAUGUCCUACUGUUAGACUGGUUUGAAACUAGUUGAAGUUCACAAUGGAAUGGAAUUGGGAGAGCAUGGAUUGGCAUUUGCAUUUAAUAUAGGAGGGAUCGGAGGUAAUGUUUAUAAUUAUUUUUACUUCUUCCAUUCCUUAAUAUUUCUUGGCAAAUUACACUAAAAUCCUAAACUGCUCUUUAGCAAAAAAAAAAAAAAUCCUAAACUGCUUGUAGGGGCGACAGUGGGUCGGUUUGCGCGGGUUAUAAACAAUUAUUCAACCCAAUCCAAUUACUUCGGGUUGGUAACUUUUGAACCCGUUAAAAAAAUAUUAUCACAUAACCAGAGCCGUGCCUGAGAUUUUAUGUGCCCUGUACAAAAUUUUAGAAUGGUGCCCUAUAAUUAAAAAUAAAAUAAAAUAAUAAAGUAAAUAAAAUAAAAAAUUAACUAAAUAUCUUCUUUUAUAAUAUAAUUUAAAUACAUCGAAAAUUAAGAGAUAAAUUACAAGUACAUAAUUAAUAAGAUGCAAUCAUUAUAAACAAAAAAACAAUGACAUAAACCUAAUUUAU